AUGGCUGAUGCUUCCAUGCGAGACUAUGGCCUGGCUGCACCUCACGGGCCCAACUUCGGCGGCCAUGUCGCAACCGCAGAUGUCGGAGACAUGAACCCCAACGAGGAGUCCGUCUUCAAGUCGCUGCUGCAGCCCGACGACAUGUACGACGACAACGGCACCUACUGGGCCGACAUGCCCAUCCUGAAGCGCAUCAACUUCAUCCGUAAGGUUGACAACGCCGAGGCCAAGCAGGAGCUUAACUUUAUCGGCAACAUGAUCAAGGCCGACCCUCUCAGCCCUGUGAGCUUCUACUUCCGGAAUAUGGUUAUCCCGGGUAUGGGUCUUCUCCUCGAAGGGUGAGUUUCCCAUACAUCUCGCUGUGAGGCAACGCAUGAAGAAGCAACUCAUUGACAUUCUGAUAGAUACGUCCUGUUCUCCAUCGGUAACGUAAAGCCGCUCUUCGAAUCCGCAUUCCCGGCAUGUUGGAAGAGCAACAAGGUCUGCAACAAGACCUGGAUCCAAGCUGUCGACUACCUCGAAAUCUGUGGUAUCAUUGUUGGUCAAAUCGUCGUCGGUCUGCUGGGUGACUGGCUGGGUCGUCGAUGGGGUCUGAUUCAAGAUGCCGCCAUCAUGUUCCUCGGUCUUGUCAUGCUUACUGCCUCGUGGGGCACCACACUCAGUAAGUUUCAACCUUCCCGACCUGCCUCUCUGCGAAAUACUCAUUCAUCGCGACAGACGGCUGGGUCAUCUGCUACGUGUGGUCUCUGUUCUUCUACGGUAUCGGUGUCGGCGGAGAGUAAGUUCAUCACUUGACCCUGCAUUCAGUCUUCACGAUCUGACUCGUAAUCAUCUAGAUACCCCAUGACCGCCACCUCGGGAAUGGAAAACGCAGUCGGAGCCGGCAAGGUCUCGACCCGUGAAGAUCGUUUACACCGUGGCCGAAAGGUCACCUCUGCCUUCUUGAUGCAGGGUUGGGGACAGUUCUUCAAUCAGGUCAUCCUGAUUCUCCUGCUCCUCAUCUUCCACGGAGGAACCUCGUCGCCGCCAUACAACAAGACCCUUGUACAAUGGACCUACCGUGUCUCCUUCGCCAUCCCCGCCGUCGGAACCCUGUGGCUCGUCUACUACCGUACCUACAAGAUGCGCUCUGCCUCGAAGCAGCUCCAAGCCGCCAAGAAGAAGCAGAAGGUUACCGGAUACGAUGUCCAGUCUCUCAAGAUGACCUUCAGCCAUUUCGGCGGUCGUGUCAUCGCCACUGCUGGAGCCUGGUAUGCCAACGACAUCUUCUUCUACGGUAACAAGCUCUUCCAAGCCGAAUUCAUUUCCACGAUCACUGGCGGCAACAACAGCUCUGUCAUGGUCACCUGGCUGUGGAAUCUCCUGAACAUCGGUGUCUCGCUUGUCGGAUACUACCUCGCGUCUUUCCUGAUCGACCACAAGCUCUACGGACGAAAGUGGAUGCAGAUUGUCGGUCUGUUCGCCGUCUUCCUCUGCUUCGUCAUCCCGGCCUUCAACUACGAAUACUACGCCCAAGGCGCCGGUGUCAAGAAGUUCAUGGCCAUGUACUUCUUGUCUUCUUUCUUCAACCAAUUCGGACCCAACUCUGUCACCUUCUUGGUCGCCGCCGAGGUCUUCCCCACUCCCGUCCGUGCGUCUGCACACGGUUUCUCCGCCGCCUGGGGUAAGCUCGGUGCCCUGACCGCCGCUGUCCUCUACAACUACAUCGACAUCGAAACGCGCUUCCUCGUCGUGCCGUGGUUCGGUCUGGCCGGUGCGGUCCUCACCUUCCUCUUCCUCCCGGAUACCACCGGUCUGGAUCUCAAGGAACAGGAACGUCGCUGGGCCUUCAUCCGCGCCGGACGCGAGAAGGAAUACCACGGCAUCGCCAUCCACCCGCAGCACCUGUCGCUCUGGGAACGUCUCAUGGGCGUCAGCAAGCAGUACGACCCGGAGUUGGACUACAAGCAGCGCGUCGAGGAGAUGCGCGCGGACUGGGAACAGGCCAUGGCGCGUCGCGCCGAGGCCGAAAAGGGUGUCGACGAGGAGAUGGAGGAUGACUGGAGCGAUGAGGUUUCCACCUUCUUCGAGCGCACGCGCGGCGGCAAGAAGGGUGGUGUGGAUGCCGCUUUCAAGGCCGAGACGAACGGGUGGAAUGGGCCUGAUUCGAUCGAGGAGGAGAAGGAGAAGACACAUGCUUCGUAG